AUGCAAGAAAGAGUCCUCUUCGUCCAAAAUGCCACACCCACCACGAUCACUACAUUCCACGAUCUCAUAUCCAAUGAAUUGCCGCAAUCACUUGGCCCUUGGAAUUUUGAGCUCAAGAUAUUCUUGAAUAACAAAUUUUCAAGGCCUGCAAACUUCGAACCAAAUCAGAUAGCUAAUAGAUACCUCUACACUCUCCAAUUGUCAUACUACAGCAAUCAAACAAUCACUAUAAUUAAUAAUUCGAAAUCCAUCAUCACACGGAUUCCAAAUACGAGUUCACUUAUUAAUGAUACUUCAAAUCUUGAAAACUCUGCACUCAUAGAGCACAUCAAACAUGGAUGCGCUAACAAUACGGGAACAACGACCGAAAAUUUUGAACAGCUGAUAACCAAGAAGCUUGCCAGCCUCUGGACAGUAAAGCAAACAAUCAAAGGAGAAGGAGGAUAUGGAUACGUGAUUUCCGUGCCCGGAUUGAAUGAAGACGGUCAACAUGAAAAAUUCAGGCUGAGAACCAGUAAUUGCUUUUUGCACGGAUUAUUCAAAGGAUUCCUUAUCGAAAUAGAACAUCUUGACGAUGAAAUUGAGCAAGACGAUAAUUUAGAGCGUAACGGUUUGAUUGUUAAAUUUACGAAUAGCAUUAACAGGAUCAAAAGCUUGAUAGAUUUGUACAAGUUUCCAGAGGGCAACUUGUGCUUUAACGUACUGAACGAGACCAAAUUGGACUAUCUAAGUGAUUUAUGUCAACAAUAUUGCGAUGCAUUGCAGUUUUAA